AAUUUUUAAUCUAAUACUUUUUUGCAUAUAAUAUUUUUUUUUAUAAUAAAUUUUAAUUUUAAUAAAGAUAUGACAAAGGAACAGAACUCAAGAAGUUUAUCAAAUAACACAUUAUUAAGUGCAACAGCACAUAAUAUAAUGUGUGAAAAUGAUUUAAAUAUAUUAUUGAUACAAGAAACUGAUAAAGAAAUUAUAAAUAUGACAAAAAAAGAAAUCAUUGAAAAUUUAUUUUUAUUAGAAAAACAAUCUCACAUAGAAUAUUUUGUUACUAAACCAGUUUUAAAACUUAUUGAUCUUAAUUUAUGCAAUAGUCAACUUUAUAAUAUACCUAAUUCUUUAAACAUGCUAAAAGAAUUGCAAUAUUUAAAUUUAAAUAAUAAUUGUUUAUCUUUCUUAUCAGAUGUAAUUUGUGAAUUACAUCAAUUGAAAAAAUUAUAUGUUUCUCAGAAUAAGUUGAAUCAACUUCCCAAUAAUUUAGGAAAUUUAUUAAAUUUAGAGGUUUUAUCUUUAAAUACAAAUCAUUUAACAAAUCUUCCAGAUUCAUGUGCAAGAUUAAAUAAAUUAGAAGUUCUUUAUCUUAAUGACAAUAAAUUUAAAUGGAUUCCAAAUUGUAUAAGCAAAGGAAUGAAAAAUUUGCAAAUUCUUGAAUUUUCAUGUAAUAUAAAUUCAAAAUUGGAUUUUUAUCCUCUGAGUACUAAUUUAACUACAUUUUAUGCAGAAAAAAAUAAUGUUUGUCUUUCAUUUCCAAAAUGGAUAUUGAAUUCCAGAUAUAAGAAACUUGAAAUUGUAUCACUGAAUGAAACGAGAUUUCAAACAUUAAAUUUGCCAAAGAAAUCAUCUAUAUCCUAUGUUAAAAAAUUAUUGAUGAAACAAUGCAAUCUUAGCACUGAAGAUAUUGAAACCAUAAUUAUUGGAAUGACAAAUCUUGAAGAACUAAUAAUUGGAAAUGGAAAAGUAUGUUAUCAAAAUUUUUUUACAACUAUGCCUAUUAAUACAAAGAAAAUUUUAUCUAGUCUCAAAAUAAUUGACAUAUGUAAUACAGGACUUUCAAGCAUACCUGAAAUAAUAAACAAAUUUACCAAUCUAUCUGAACUAAAUUUAGGUUACAAUAAUAUCUUUUUCUUGCCAGAAGAAAUUUGUUCUUUAAAAAAUUUGAGUAGAUUAAUAAUAAAUAAUAAUCACUUGACAAAUCUUCCUGAAAAUAUUGGACAAUUGGCAUUGUUAGAAGAAUUAAAAUUACGUCAUAAUUAUUUAAAUGAAUUACCUGAAAGUAUAAAAUUAUUGCACAACUUGAAAUAUAUAGAUCUAUAUAAUAAUGAAUUUGAAAUAGUACCAGAAAUAAUAUUUAAUUUACCAAAUCUGAAAGGAUUAGAUUUUGAACAAAAUUACUUUUCAACUGAAUGUUUAUGGUACACUAGGUGUCCUAAUUAUAAAGAUAUGAGAGAUACUUUGAGACAUUACUGGUUGGAUCCUAUAUUUGGCUAUGAAUCUCCUUGUGGAUCAAAAGUGAAAUCAUUAACUGGAAGUGAAAAAAGUUUUUCAUCAUCAAGCUCUUCGUUUGACGAACGUCUUUUAUGCGUAUUACCAGAAGGAUCUCAUAACGAAAUAUUUGAUGAACAUUGGGAUAGCUCGGAAGAUUCGGCUGAUGAAUUUGAUCCUCACGAAAAUAAAGAACCAAAAAAGCGAACAUUUCCGCCAUUCACAUUUUAUCAGCCAUUUGAACAAAUAUAUCGUCCUGCGGAUUUCCAUGAGGAUCGAAUUAUGACGCGAGUUUUAAAGAUGUUGCAAAACGGGACUUUAGUUUGGCUAUCUAACUACGAGGAAGGUCAAUUCGAAGAUCCUUAAAGAAGAUUGAAAUUGAAGUUGCAUUUGAUUUGACAGUUGUAUAAAGUAUAGUUCAAUGAUUUUUUAUUAUUACAGUUAAUAUAUUAAACAAUUUUAAAAGAAUAUUGUCUAGUUAAACCGUUUAACAUAAGAUAACAAUAUAGUUUCAUAUAAUAUGUGCAUUAUAGUAAAAAGUGAUUUGAUAAUUAUGAUUUAUUACUUUUAUUUUUAUAGUUUAUUAUUG